UCUGUUUACUCCUGAAACUCCUGGACUAACAACUGGAUGCUUUAGCUGAUCACCAUCUACCAUCUUUACACAUAUUUCUCUACCCGUCCGUCCAACCUACCACCGUCACCUGAGCAUGCGGGUGCUACUGGAGAGCAGCUGGAUGAGGUUUGGACCAGCUGGCAGAGGGUCGUACGACUGGGUGACAGGAUCACCUUCAACACAGGAGAAGCAGAGCUACAACUGGAAUGACCUGGGAGAGGACAGAAAGCCAGAGCUGGUGGUCUACGUGGUCCUCCCUAUCGUCUCCGUCCUCCUGCUGGCUCUCCUGGUGGGCCUGGUCUACCGCCGAUGCUCCCGCAGCAAGCUGAACCUGGCCAACAUCAUCGCUCUGGACCUGGAGGACGCAGAGAGCAGCGCCGAGUUCCUCUCCUCCCUGACCAGGAACGUCGAGCGCCACACCAGUACCAGCUCAGACGGAUCGGACGGGGUCUUUGUCAUGGUCUACCUGCCUCCGCCCUACGAGGACACGCUCAGCAAGAUCACCCGAGCCGCCAGCCUCUCCAGCUCCAAGGACGCAGAGUCGAUAAAGAUAGAAGAUCUGGAGGCCAAGUUGUGUCCGGAGCUCAAGUCCAGCGGUCGCUAUGUGUGAUUAGUGUUGAUGCUGCAGUGUAAAAAGACUUUAUAACUCCAAUAUUUGGUGUUUUUUUUUAACUUUGUUGUCUGUAAAUUAUACUUAUUUAAUUAUCAUCCAUAUAUGCAGCUCUACAGAGACUUUCAACCUCUUUUAGAUCAUAGUUUUGGUUUCAUGGUACUUUUACUGUAUGGUUCAGUCUCUGCUCUCAUAACCUCAUUUCCUCUGAUAAACCCACUCUUCACAACCCGCCCAGCACCAAACAGCAGACAGACAGAGUUAGAGACUGGCUGGUGAAGAAAAGUGAAACAUUUAACAGCCAAAGAGCCGAAACCAAGACUGAAAGAAGAGGCAAUACUGGUGAACACUAACACAACUUCAAUGUGAUGCUUAUGUUGUCUCUGUGUGUCUACUGGAUGUUUAAGAAGCAACUGUCUGUGUGCUGUCAGCUUGU